UUUCGAAUUUAAGUCUUAAGAUUUAACAAGAAUUCUUUAUAGCUACUGUUUCUUAUUUAUUUGGUUCUUCAAACUAGAUCUUGGUUCAGAUGUUCCUUGAUUUUAAAUCUAUUUUCUGUUAUUGAGUUUUCAUCUUUUAAGCUUUUUGCUUUCUUAAAUCAAAAAAUAAGAAUCAAGAUCAUAAAAAACAGAUAACUGAUUAGAUGAUCACAGUUGAUCGAGAUAGCGAAUGCAGUUUCCAGAAAUAAUAUUUUUUUCUUCUAUUAGCGAAUAGGCUAGUGUGUGGGUAGUCAACAUAAUGGCUAGCACCACUGUAAAGUUUUCAGCCACUUUAAGUAAAACCGAUCCGAUCAGUGUACCAGUGCUGAUCGUAGGUCAAGAAAAACAUUUGUCUAGUUUACCUUAUUCUGCUGUCAAAUGUAAGCUAGAACCACGGGUUAAUGAACAGACUUUCAAAUCUGCUUUGUCUGUAUUAAAUCCUUGUCCAACAGACACUUGUCCACUUUUUCUCAACACUGCCACUUUAGCAGCCAUUUCCAACAAUCAUAGUCGUCAUAAUUCAUCAGCACAACCCCAUAUGCUUACAAAACUGAUCAAUAUGAAUUCAGCUGGGUACAAUGAAUGCAUUGUGAUUGUUUGCGAGCGAAAAGACAUGUUUGCCUCAGGUUGUGCUGCAGCUCGAGCGUUCUACGACUACUGCCGUAAAACUAAAAUAUAUGUUGGCAAACUAAAAGAACAGAAGAAAUCUACUGUAACGGUUACAGUAGAGUUUUUAAUAAUUCCCGACAGCAAUGGUGAUAACAAGGUGGAAAAAGAAGAAAUUGCAACUUUGGAAAGAAUAGCGAAUGCUAUUAAAAUGACUGCACGUAUUGUUGAUACUCCGUGUAAUGAUAUGAAUGUCAAUCAUUUCUUAGAUGAAAUAAAACAUGUAGGAGCUGACUUGAAUAUUAAUCCUACAAUAAUUAGCGGCGAAGAGUUGAAGAAAAAAGGUCUAGGAGGAAUAUAUGGUGUGGGUAAAGCAUCUUCUAUAGGUCCAGCUCUUGCUGUAUUAUCUUACACCCCACACGGAGCCACAGAAACAAUUGCUUGGGUUGGCAAAGGCAUUGUUUAUGAUACUGGUGGUCUUAGCAUCAAAGGAAAAACAGCUAUGCCUGGCAUGAAAAGAGAUUGUGCUGGAGCAGCUGCUAUUUUAGGAGCGUUCCAUGCUAUAGUGAAGUCUAGUUUCAAACAAAAUCUUCAUGCUGUUUUUUGUUUGGCAGAAAAUUCAGUUGGACCAGAUUCAACUCGACCUGAUGACAUACAUACACUUUAUUCAGGAAGAACUGUUGAAAUCAAUAAUACUGAUGCUGAAGGACGUCUAGUUUUAUCAGAUGGUGUAGUGUAUGCAUCUAGAGAUCUUAAUGCCAAAGUUAUAUUAGACAUGGCUACACUAACUGGAGCACAGGCAAUUAGCACAGGGAAGUAUCACGCUGCAGUAAUGUCUAACUCAGAACAAUGGGAAAAAAAUGUAGUGUCUGCUGGCUUAAUAUCUGGCGAUUUAACAUUUCCAAUUGUUUACUGUCCAGAACUUCAUUUUUGUGAAUUUUCAUCAUCUGUAGCUGAUAUGAAAAAUUCUGUCGCUGAUCGAUCAAAUGCUACUUCGUCGUGUGCUGGACUGUUUAUAGCUGCUCAUCUUGGCUUUGAUACGACUAAUCAAUGGAUUCAUGUGGACAUUGCAGGGCCUUCUCAUUACGGUGAACGAGCAACUGGUUAUGGAGUAGCGCUUUUGACAGCACUUUUUGCCAAGUAUACAAAUGAUCUUCUAUUGCAAAACGUUUCCAAACAUAUUGAAUAAUUUUAAGUCAUUAACGUCUAUUUCAAAAACCUUUUUGUUUAAUUAAAUAUUUUUUGUGAACUCAACUUAAAUUGAUAUUUUUGUCAUAUUUCUGUAUUUUAUAUUCGUGCCAUAACUUUUUAACAAAUGUUUUCUUUAAAAUUAAUAAUUGAAAAAUAAAAUCUGUUCUAAAUUUA